AUGGCUUUGGUGGGCUACAGUGGGGGCAAGAGGGGUGGUAGGACUAUGUCAGGGCUUUUGCUUAAAGUGGCUGUGAUCCUCCUGGUGGUCCUGCAGAGCACACAGUCAGUCUACAUCCAGUACCAGGGCUUCCAGGUGCAACUGGAGUCUGUGAAGAACAUGAGUGACCUGGAGACGCAGUGGGUGUUCAGCCCCCGCCUGCGGGCCCGGAGCGCCCUGCCCACCGCAUGCUAUCACCCGGCCCUGCCGGCAGACCUCCAGCCCAUCUGCACCUCCAAGGAAGCCUCCAGCAUCUUCCAGGCCUUGAAGAACAUCGCCAAUGAUGACUGUGAGCUGUGCGUGAAUGUCGCCUGCACCGGCUGCUUCUGAGAUGGCCCUGGGCACCUUGAGCCCACCCUGGACACCUUGGCCGCCCAAACCACUGCCCGCAUAGCCCCAUGGCCAUCCAAGCCCUGGCCACCUCAGUCAUUGCCACCCUCUCGAGGCCAAAUCAGUCAGAUCUGGCACAAAGCAGCUGGACCCACAGUUGGAGGAGCCUUUGACCCCUUAAGCAUCCCUGCUGUUGAAUAAAG